AUGCUGGUGAUCGAAGAUUGCGCGUCCUCAGAAGCGGUCACAGUACUGGUGAGAGGCGGCAACAAGAUGAUCGUGGAGGAGGCGAAACGGUCGUUACAUGACGCCAUGUGCGUCGUGCGGAACUUGGUGAGCAUAAUAGAAUUGUGUACGGUGGAGGGGCGGCCGAGAUCGCGUGUAGUGUGGCUGUCAGCAAAGCCGCCGACGCGGCGACGGGUCCCGAGCAGUACGCCAUCCGGGCCUUCGCCGACGCGCUGGACGACGUGCCCAUGGCCCUCGCCGAGAACAGUGGUUUGUCGCCGAUCGCCGAGCUCACCGCGGUCAAAGCGGCUCAGGUGGCACAAAACUGCCCGUUCCUCGGCGUCGACUGCUUGCAACAGGGCACGAACGACAUGAAGCGCCAGAAGGUCUUCGAGACGCUGAUCGGGAAGCAGCAGCAGGUCCAGCUCGCGACGCAGGUCGUCAAGAUGAUUCUGAAGAUCGACGACGUCAUCAUGUCCGGGGCCUAC